UCGAGGUGUUUGCUCCUCCUAAAUGUCUGGCAACAUGGAUCUGAGAGUUGGUGGAAAGUUCAGAAUUGGACGGAAGAUCGGAAGUGGCAGUUUCGGUGACAUUUACGUGGGGACUAAUCUACAGACUGGCGAGGAGGUCGCUAUCAAGCUUGAAUCUAUCAAGUCGAAACAUCCUCAACUGCUUUACGAGUCCAAACUAUACAAGAUUCUGGCAGGUGGUGUUGGCAUCCCUCUGGUCCAUUGGUAUGGCAUCGAAGGUGACUAUAACGUGAUGGUUAUUGAUCUCCUUGGCCCUAGUCUGGAGGACUUAUUCACCUUUUGUAACAGGAAGUUCAGCUUGAAAACGGUGCUCAUGCUGGCCGAUCAAAUGAUCAACCGUGUGGAGUAUGUUCACGCCAGGAACUUCAUUCACCGCGACAUUAAACCUGAUAAUUUUCUAAUCGGUCUCGGCAGGAAAGCCAACCAGGUCAGCAUCAUCGAUUUCGGCCUCGCCAAGAAGUUCCGCGAUCCUAAGACUCAACAACACAUCCCGUAUAGGGAAAAUAAGAAUCUCACCGGAACUGCUCGUUAUGCUUCCGUUAAUACUCAUCUUGGCAUUGAGCAAUCUAGAAGAGACGACCUCGAGGCGCUCGGCUACGUCCUCAUGUACUUCAACAGAGGCAGUCUACCGUGGCAGGGACUGCGCGCCCAUACUAAAAAGGAUAAAUACGAGAAGAUUAUGGAAAAGAAGAUGAGUACUCCAGUUGAGGUCCUCUGUAAGAACUUCCCUUGUGAGUUCGUCAACUACUUGAACUACUGCCGAAGCCUGAGGUUCGAGGACAGGCCAGACUAUGCUUACCUACGCCGAACUCUCAAGGACCUGUUCUUUCGCGAGGCAUUCCAGUACGACUUUGUAUUUGAUUGGACAAUUCUCAACUACGAAAGAUCGCAGCAAAGUACACAAGGUUCGGCUGGGGGGGCGAAUCAGGGUAAGCCGGCUCAAGCGGCUGGUCAAGCGAAGUAAUUGAAGUCGAUAUUGGUUUCGAAUGCCCAGAGGCGUAAUGGUGAUGAUGGUGGUGGACAACAUCAUAUCUCGGUGAUAAGGAGUCUACUACGUUUCGAUGGAUGCAACAUUCCGCGAACUUGGUUGAACUCAUUUCUCUUUGGCGUAAAUUUCUGUGAAUCUUCUCGAAAAUUAGCAACGUCGUUUGGGUGUGCGAAACCAGUAUGAUUUCAAGUACGGCUUGUAAUCAGAGUCUUAUUAUUACUACCAGUAGAAGGGCUCUAUUGUUGUUGUCGUCGGCUGAGUCGCUUAUCUACAUCGCCCUUUCUACUACCAUAUCUGUCACUAUCUUCGUCACUACUACUACUAUCGUCAUCAUUUUGUUCGGGGCCCUCAUACUUGACAAGAGGUUCCUUUGCCUAGUAUCUCCCCUAAAAAGAUACUGGUAACCAUGUAGGAGUAUUCGUAGUAGUAGAAAUCAAUGGCAACAGCAGCAGUGAAGUUAAAGAGGAGUGGUAUCUUGUCGGUAGAUGAGGUGGAUAGUCGUCGUCAUGGUUAUCGUCAAUGAUUACUGCCAUUAUUAUUACUACCACUUCUGUUG